AUGAUCCUUGAUCCAGUAUUACAUCGAUUUGUCGAUGCCUCAUCAAUUGGCGUUAUGCACUUGCAGCCUUAUGGAAACCAGCAUGUACAGCCGACACCUCGGCCACUACCACCUAAAGUCGAGGCAAUGAAGUUCUGGGAUAAGAUUUUCCCUUCAGCUAUGAAAUGCCUAAGAGCUUGUGAAGAGCCGUACGAUCACAGGAAAUCUGAAUUUGAAAUCCGAACCUCUCAAGCGUGGGUAGAAAUCUGUCGUCGUUUGGAAAAUGCAAGAGAAAUCUACGAGCAUCGGGUCGCAGCAAACAAGGCUGAAAAGUUGAUCAACAAGGCAAGAAUAGGAUUGAGAACAGGCAUGGACAAAGGUGCUGGUCCGCUUAAGCAGGCAGCUCAAUUUGUUCCAGAUAUAGACAUUGCCAGUCCGAUUAUUGGGGCAGUCAAAGUGCUUUUCGGUGCAUACCAAAAUGCAAUGAAAGUCCGUGAGGUAAUCAAUGAUGGUUUCGACGAUCUUUCCACUGGCAUAGCGUUUAUCGACAUCGACUUUUACGUCACCCAAUUUCCAAAUGACCCAAACAUUAUCAAGACAUCUGAGGAUUUAGUCCUUGCCAUAUUCAAGGCCGUUGAGCACGCAAUUGGAUUUUAUAUAGGACAUCAGAUUAAGAGAGCUAUGUCGGCCGUAUUUGGAGGUGACAGUUAUCAGGAACGUUUGAAAAAUAGUCUCAGUGAUAUAAAAAGUUGUAGCCGAUUGCUCAAAUGCGAAGGAGAGAAAUCCGAGUUCCAUUAUAACAGCGAAUCUCGCCGACAAGACAGACAAGAAUCAGCGACAAUGUCAUAUCAAUUAAACGCGACGAACCAGUUCCUUUAUUUGUUGUUCGAAAGUGAAAGACGGCAUUAUCAAUCACUCGCCGAACAAAUAUACACUAUCUCGAGAGCACCAAGCCCACAACCUGUGAUUCAAGCUAUAUAUACCCCCAAACAUAUCUGGAAAAUGCUUCACAUUCCCAAAUUAGACGAUGUUGAUAUAUCGCAUAAUAUGAGUCGAGCAGCAAGCUUUCUACCUGAGGACAAUGGUCGCGCAGAGCAGCUUGUCGGUACGACACAAUUUCAAACAUGGAUUUUAGAUCACAGAAUGAACAAGUUACUAGUCCACGGUGACUUUGGCAUUAAUAAACCCGAAUCACCAUUCUCGGUGCUCUGCGCCAAGCUUAUGCAAGCGUUGCGUUCUCAGUCUGGUUUUAUCAGUCUUGUGUUCUUCUGUGGAUGCCAUCGAGCACCACGUGAUCACCACUCAGGGCCACUGAAUAUGAUUCGAAGUCUUGUUGCGCAGGUUCUAGAACAAUUUACGCAGAUUCCUGAUACGCUCGCGAAUGAUGUGAAUCUUGCCAGCGUGGACGCUGGAGAAAUCCAACAUUUGUGUACACUAUUCGUGUGUCUUGUCAGACAGCUUCCUGCGACGACCACAAUCGUCUGUAUGAUUGACGGCAUACAAUUCUAUGAGCAAGAUCAGUAUGAGAAUGAUAUAGAGUUGGUGUUAGGUUGUCUACUUAGCCUAGCUGAAAAUGAGGACCCGAGCAUAAGCGUUAGGUUCAAAAUACUCUUAACAAGUCCUAGGCUAACAACACGAGUGCGAAGGCGUUUUCAGAUCGGUGUUUCAUUGUUAAAUAUGGCAUCUAUUACCUCUAAUGAGCAAGGUCCAAGUCAAGCGCGGCUUGAGCGUCAACUGGCGAGUACUGUUGCCAAGCCUGCUACCGAUCUUGGCAAUGUUCCUGUUACCACCACUGCUCUUGUUACUUUGAAUCCGCACAUAGAUUUAGAGCUUAUGCGAAUUGAUCAUAGGAGUACUAUAGAUCAAAUCAAUGUUCUCGAGGCUCAUGUUGUUACUUUGAAAGAAAGAGCUUCGAUGUUACAGGAGAGAAUAGAGAGAUUAGACUCUAUUAAUGAGGUUUCGACGGCGGAAGUUACUUAUGACGCUAGGAACAGAGGAUUGUUGUUACCGGCAACUCAAUCUGCUGUUGCAGAGAAAGAGUCACUGUCGAUUGAGAGAUCCAUGGUACCUGCGAGAUCUGCGAGAAGUCGUGGGAGAGGCCGUAAGAAUCGUUCAAAAGUUACACACGCAUCCGAUCUUCCUGGUGAUCAUCUUCAACAUGAUUGUGUUAACACUCCUGUUACGCCUCUCGUUACCCCUUCUCAAAUACUUAUCGACAUGUCUCCCGAUGUUACCUCUCCUGUUACUACCGCUCUCUUUGUUACUACCAAAACUGCUGGUGUUAUGUCAUAA